AUGGCCAGUCGUUACUCCAGGCGACUGGUCAAGCCAUUGUUGUACGCUGCGGCUGCAGGUACCGCUGGUGGCGUCAUUCUAUACAUCUCCUACAGACCUCGCAAUAUACCUGGUUCCGCGGGCGCCGUCGUCCCAACGCCUACGGCUGAAGACGGCACCUUCAUACCCCCAAGAUUCCCCCGAAUCAAAACGAGAGAGGAGCAGAUCGCGGACUUGAAACGGAGUGCUGGUUCUACCGGAGGCGGCUCGCUGACACGGAAGGUGAAGGAAAGCUACGACAAUUUACGAGGACAAUCACAAUCAGGCGCGGUGGAAGAAGAUCCCAAGAACUUGGAACCAUACGACGUUCUCAUCGUUGGAGGAGGGGCGACAGGUAGUGGGAUCGCACUUGAUGCAGCCACUCGAGGCUUGAAAGUUGCAUUGGUCGAAAGAGACGACUUUGCUGCCGGAACCAGCAGUAAGAGCACCAAACUUGUCCAUGGUGGCGUGCGGUACCUAGAAAAAGCAGUAUGGGAGCUGGACUGGAACCAAUAUGAGCUGGUCAAGGAGGCUCUGCGGGAGCGGAAAUACUUUCUGCACACGGCACCUCAUCUGUCAAUGUGGCUGCCCAUCAUGCUUCCAGUGCAACACUGGUGGCAGACACCAUACUUUUGGGGCGGUACCAAGUUCUACGACUUCCUGGCUGGAUCGGAAGGGAUAGAGAGCUCAUAUUUUCUGCCCAAAAGCAAAGCGUUGGAUGCAUUUCCCAUGCUGAGGAAGGACAAUCUUUUUGGCGCUUUGGUAUACUACGAUGGAGCGCAUAACGAUUCCCGGAUGAACAUCUCCAUAGCAACGACCGCUGCACUUUAUGGUGCCACGGUCGUCAAUCACAUGGAGGUCACGGGCCUCACGAAAGAUGCUUCGGGAAAACUCAACGGGGCGGUAGUCAAAGAUGUCAUCAAGAGCAAGAAUGGCCAACCCGACGAGCAGUUUGUGAUUCGAGCAAAAGGUGUUAUCAAUGCCACAGGGCCGUUCUGCGACUCGAUCCGCAAACUGGACGAACCCGGUGAACAGGAGAUCGUUGCCCCAAGCUCUGGCGUGCAUGUCGUCCUACCUGGAUAUUACAGCCCGGCAAACAUGGGCCUCAUAGAUCCGUCUACCUCGGAUGGAAGGGUCAUCUUCUUUCUGCCCUGGCAAGGGAACACCAUUGCCGGAACGACCGACGCUCCUACUGAAAUCAGCGAGCAGCCUAUUGCAGGUGAAGAUGAGAUUGGAUGGAUCUUGAACGAAAUCAAAUCCUAUUUGGCGCCCGAUAUCAAUGUGCGGAGAGGAGAUGUCCUUGCAGCAUGGUCGGGCAUACGGCCUCUUGUCAAGGACCCCAAAGCCAAGAAUACAGAGUCGCUCGUUCGCAACCAUCUUGUUACUGUCUCCGACUCCGGGCUGCUUACUUGUGCGGGUGGCAAAUGGACAACCUACCGCCAAAUGGCCGAAGACGCGGUCGAUGAAGCCAUCAAACAUUUUGACCUGCAGACGUCUCCUCUCCUGAGUGCUCCCCGGGUAAGCGGAAGCGAGAUGAUCGAUGAUGCAGCACCUCUCGAUGGAACCUGUCAAACUCAUCAGGUCCGGCUCAUUGGCGCACACGGCUAUUCCAAGACUCUGUUUAUCAACCUGAUCCAACAUUUCGGCCUCGAGACCGAAGUCGCCAAGCAUCUAUGUCAAUCUUAUGGUGACCGGGCCUGGACAGUCGCAGCACUUUCUUCUCCCACUGAAGAACGGUUCCCCGUCCGGGGCAGGCGCAUAUCUGCCCUGUAUCCUUUCAUUGACGGCGAGGUCCGGUACGCUAUACGCCAUGAGUAUGCCCAGACAGCCGUCGACGUUCUGGCGCGACGAACGAGACUCUCCUUCUUGAAUGCGCAAGCUGCGUUGGAAGCUCUGCCCAAGGUCAUCGAUUUGAUGGCUGAAGAGCUAAAAUGGGACAAGAAACGAAAAGAGGUGGAAUGGAAAGAUACCAUGACUUUUCUUGCUUCGAUGGGCUUGCCUAAAAGCAAGCUGAGCAUGACGCGGAAAGACGUGGAAAGUGGAAAGGCUGGGUUUCCUACGGAGUACGAGAGGAAGCUGUAUUCUAGACAUGAUGGACCGGCAGACACUCUCGAGAGCGACUCGAAGCUGAAACCUGGGCAGAAUCCUGGAAUUAGCUAUGAUUCACCCGCGAACAAGUAG